UCGUACUUUACGGCUGCACCCAAAGUCUUGGCUACGACUAGACGUAACAUGUAUUUCUACAGUAAAUACUGGCUAGCCACUUCCUGUAUGAUGAUUGAUCUGCGGUCUGCAGCAAGUUGCACCUUGUCAUGUAGCUAUGCACGACGUACAGACUGGACUUGGCCUACAACUUGUGCAACUAAAUAAAAAAAGUUUGGGAAAUCAUGGAAAAUCAAGGCAGUACCCAUGCAGCACCUUUGCUUGAGAAACACGAACUAUGCAAUCAAGCAUCUGGGUCUGAAGCUGGUCACAUGACACAACCACAGCAAAUUAUGUAUCCUCCUCCCAGCCAAGCUCCACCCCCAUAUACGACGGUUCCACCUGUCCAGUACAUCAUACAGACGCCUCAACCAUUGACCAAUCCCCCUGAUGACUACUUAAUCCAGGCCAUACUUGUCACUGUGUUUUGCUUCUGGCCCACUGGCAUUAUUGCUAUCAUCAAAUCUUUGGAUUCUCGUAGAGCUGCACAGAUGGGUGAUGUUCAAGGAGCCCAGCUGUCAUCCAAAGCCGCUCGAAAGUUGUCAAUCAUCAGCCUGAUCGUUGGCAUUGCUGUUCUGGUCAUUAUUGCUAUCAUCAUUGCUAUUGAGAUGGUUGUAAUUUUUACUGUUCAUUAACGCCCUGGAUGCCACGUAAUUCAAUGAUCAGUUGCUGAAGGAUUACAGUCAGUUUGAGAACCUGAGUUUCCAAGUUUGUUGCUCGAUUGAAGGUCUUUUGCAAUGUCAUGUUCAUUAACUUUACAGGGGUUUUAAGGCCAUACAAAGUAAGAGAUUUGAAAUUUUGAUAUUUUGGCAAUAAGUGGUGUUCAGAGAAGCAGCAUGUUGCAGGAAUAUCUGAAAUCAGAGAAUAGUUUGGUUGUUGUGAUACAGGUGCCAAUAUAUUUAUGACACUUCUUUCUGUGAUCUUUGGCAGCUAUUCUUAGCAGAAAGAGACUACACCUGUAGAUAGCAUGCAGUAAACACCUUUGACCUUAAACUAAAUGCAAUAUGAUGCAAUGUGACUCAAUGUCACUAUGCAUUCAUUGAGUCAACAUUUAAAUGUCAUGCAUGCACAAAAUCCUGUCAGUCAUUCAUUGCUAAUACAUGUACAUGUAACUCAAUAUUAUGCAGACUCCAU